CGCGCUUCCACUUCCGGCCUGUCAGGAGCUGGAGAAGCGGGGUCGACAUGCGGCUGACAGUCGCCGCCGCCAUCUCCCAUGGGCGCGUAUACCGCCGCCUGGGCCUUGGCCCGGAGUCUCGCAUCCACAUGUUGCGGAACUUACUAACGGCACUGGUGCGACACGAACGCAUUGAGGCGACCUGGGCGCGCGUGGACGAGAUGAGGGGUUACGCGGAGAAGCUCAUCGAUUAUGGGAAGCUGGGCGACACCAACGAACGGGCCAUGCGGAUGGCUGACUUCUGGCUCACGGAGAAAGAUUUGAUCCCAAAGCUAUUUCAGGUGCUGGCCCCUCGAUACCAGGGCCAGAACGGCGGCUACACCAGAAUGCUGCAGAUCCCAAAUCGGAGUGAGCAAGAUCGGGCCAAGAUGGCAGUGAUCGAGUUUAAGGGGAACUGCCUCCCACCCCUGCCCCUACCUCGCAGAGACAGCAACCUCACACUCCUAAACCAGCUGCUGCAGGGCCUGCGGCAGGACCAGGAAAGGUGCGUCCACAGCUCCCACGCGGCUCAAACGCCCGGGUUGUAACUGAAGCCAAAGAGCAUAUGGCCUUCCACCAUCAGUGGGGGUGAUCUCAGGCCUUGAAAGCUCUAAGAAGAACUGAAGCCAGACUUGUAAAAGGGCAAUCUUAAUGGAGUCCAGAACCUUCUGGGGAGCCAGAUGACCCUCUCUUUGCACAGAUAAAAUUCCUUGUAUGAGUAUAUGCAAAUAUGCAAACUAUGUUUUUCUCACUCAUCACCCCCACCUCUCUUUUGGAUCACUGGAAAAUGGGAACUAUCCAAAUGAUUACUGAACCUGCAACAGUAAAUACACAGUGAAUGUUUCUGGCUCAGAUCUGGGUUGUGUUUGGUUAACAGAGUUUUGUUUUCCUUAAUACUAGUUUUUAUUGGCCAUUAAUCUAUAAUUCCAAACUAGUGCCCAAAGGUAAGUAGUUUUGACAGCAUAAAAACAGAACUUCUGGGUUUUAAGAGUUGAAAAAAAAGGGGUUGGGGGUGGUAUUCCUGGCAAAGAUAGUAGAUUUACUUCUAGAAGGGAAUUACCUUAAACUAGAAUAUUAGGAACUUUUGAGAAACACUACAACCAUUCUUAUGUUUGCAGGAUUGCUAUGACUCAUAUGCUCUCCUGAAGCCCCGAAUGGGCCUCAGAGAAAAGAACCUGAAACCUAGAUGUACCAGUUCUGGACAAGAAGAUAGGAAAUGAACUUUAGGGAAAGCAUUAAGUGUUUUGUUAUAUUCCAGCAUUAAGUUAUACCCCAUCAUAAGUACCUUCAUGCCGGAGGGGAGGGUGUAAAGAAUUGAAUUGAGAGGAGGAUUAGGAAGUUAAGGUGCUGGGAAUUUCCUGGAAGUUUUUGUUGUCAAGUGUGGACCUCCUUGGGAACUCAGAAAAAGGAAAUCCGGCUUCAGAAUGGCCAGGCCCAUGAGAAGUAGGAAGUUCCUGUAUAUCCACUAAUUACUGUGAAGCCGGCUUUCCCCAGCCAGAUUGUCCAUUCCUCAGACAGACAAUUUUAAGAUUUAGAGAGUUAGGAUCAUUGGCCUGAACACUUCAUAGCAAGGCCUAACGGUUCCCAUAUUCCUCGUAGAGUGGAAGAAGAGAUUUGGCCUGGGAAUCCAGUCAGUGUCAUAUUAAGGAUACUAAGGAGAAAGAUGGAAGAGUCACUGGUCUGGAAGAUAGCUCUGGUAGCAUGGUAGCUAUUUCACUAUAGCUGCCUUUUUGUCAGGUAUCUGCUCCGAAUUCUCCAUCUUUUUCCUUCUACUACAAUCUGUCCUUCAUACCUUAGCCAAAAAGCUGUGUAUUUUUUGAGUGGCAUAUAGUAGAUAAUCAGCAAUGGCAUAAACUUAAAACUAAAUAUUGUGGCUGGAGACAGUACAGCAGGCAGAGCACUUGCCUUGCAGGAAUCAUACUUGGGUUCGAUUCCCAACAUCCCACGUGGUAGCCUGAACACCCCCAGGAAUAAUUUUUGAGUGCCGAACCCAGAGUAAUCCCUGAACAUCUCUGGGUGUGACCCAAAACUCCCCCCAAAAAAAUGCUUUCCCAAAAAGUUUAUAUCCUAUCUUGUUGGCAAAGCAUUCACCUCAGGGAGGUAUUUUAGAGUCAUCCCUUACUCCAAGAGAAAAGUUCUUUUUAAAAAACAAAACCACAUCUUUAAGCAUUAGUAUCAGGUGGAUUAUGGCUGAACUACUAUAGCUUUUCCUCUUAGUCCCCAGAAAUAUGCCUCCUCUGGGACUUCAUUGCCUAAGUAGGUACUAAACAUCUGCUAAAACACAUGAGCAUAUUAGACACUAAGGAUGCAAAACAUUUGCAAUAUGUGUUGGACAAAGCUAAAUUCUGGGAAUAUAGGGGAGAGAAGAAACAGCCUUUGACAACAAGGAACACAAUCUAAUGCAUCACUUCUGCUGCCAUGGUGACAUAAGACACUUCAUCUCCUUUGAUAUUUUGACCCAAAUAUGACUUCAUCAAAUUCUAGGACAUUUACUAAAGGUAAAGAUUAGCAGCAAAAAUAAACAUACCUAUUUUUGCAGAUCUUGUCAAUAAAUUAAAAUGUUGCAUCACAGUUGAUGGAUUAUAUUUUCAAGUCCUCCAAGGAAACACUAAUAAAUUCUAAACCCAUGAGAGAGGGACACAGAUAAAAUGUCCACACAGGAAUUAUCUUCCUAGACAGCAGUUGUUUAAGAGUGGCAAAGUUGGCUCACACCCUUAAAAAGAUGUCAAACUCAGUCUAAUCUCAAAGAGCAACAGUAGAGAGAUAAGAGUAAGUCCAAUGUAUGAAGAGAAAACAUCACAAAAACUAGGGACUAUUUCCUUAUACUCAUCUAAAGUCAAACUAAAAUAUAUUGAUCUUAUCUUCACAUUGUUUCUCAAAGCUGCCAUCAUCUGCCUCCUUGGAUUUUAGUUAUCUGAAUGAUUUUCUUGACUGGCCUCCCUCUAAACAGACCAUACUGACAAAUCUAAUGCUUAAUUUCCUGUUGCAUGAUCUCUAGUGACUUCUUUCCUGUGGGGAAGAGUCCAAAUUCCCUACCAUGACUCCCCUCAAUAAUUAGACAUCUGCUCAUUACUCCAGCUACUUCCCUUGCCUUAUUUUUUUCUUCCCAAAAAAAUCUUUCACAAAACUAAAAGUCUUUGUUUCCUAUGCACAACUUUUCUCUAGCUGUCUUUCCAUUCAGAGAUACCUUUUAUCUACAUAACUUGUUCUCAACUUUUAGAAUCUCUCUGACCAUCCUAUUUAAGUUAAUUUCUUUAUAAAUUCAAGUGCCAUUGUAUUCAUUAUUCAUUGAAUUUACUACUUCAUUUUGACAUUUCUCAACAGUGAAUAGAUUGGCUCCCAAACAUCAAUCCCAGAUUGGUCUGAGAUAGUCACUAUAUUACCAUUAUUGAUGGAUUCAAGAUCUCUAGACUUCAACUAAUUUGAUACAGAAUACAUGAUCUAUACUGGAGUAAGGCACCAUGUUAUUUUGAGGAUCAGUUUUUAGGCUGAAGAUGACACAAGUGUAGAUCCAAAUCACUAAGACAGACUACAUAGUAGUGAUGUUUAGUACUCAUUCCCAUUUGAACCUGACUUUUAUGUUAAUAGCUGUAGCACUGUAGCACUGUCAUCCCGUUGCUCAUCAAUUUGCUCGAGCGGGCACCAGUAUCAUCUCCAUUGUGAGACUUGUUACUGUUUUUGGCAUAUCGGAUACACCACGGGUAGCUUGCUGGGCUCUGCUGUGCGUGCGGGAUACUCUCGGUAGCUUUCCGGGCUCUCCAGGAGGGACAGAGGAAUCAAACCCGCGUCAGCCAUGUGCAAGGCAAACGCCCUACCCUCUGUACUAUCACUCCAGUCCAUGUUAAUAGCUACCAAAAAUAAUUACCUGUUAAUUUUUUAUUUGUAGUGUUGAAACUUUGAUAUUCUCCUGCACCAAUUUUUUUCACUUUUAUCUCAGAUCAAGAAAUAUUUUACAUCAGAAUGCAAUAUUCCUAACUACAUACAGUUGAAACCAACAUCAUGAAACAUGAUUUACCUUUACAAAUAGGCAUAGUAAUCUUUCCUACUCUUCUAGUUCAUUUUUUUUUUUAAAUGCUGGUCCCAAUUUACUAAAUUGGGUCUACAGCUCAAGGGUGGAUUGCAAUUUGCUCUUUAAAAAACACUGAUCUCAACUAGCGUUACAGUGACUCACCAUUGCCUUGGCUGCCUAAAAUCCAGACAUCAUAACACAAAAGUCUCCUGUGGCUCAGUUUGGGUAGCUUCUUUUUCUCAUCUCCCAUUAUCUGCUGCCACCCUUCAUCAAAAACUACUUGUUAUUCUUUAAAUGCAUCAUACUUUUGUGCAUGAUGUUUCCUGUUCUAUACUUGGUUGGUCUGUUUCGAGUUACCUCUUAUCUGACAUUUAAAUUUCUCCUCAGAAGUCUUUAUUUUUGAAGCCUCCAAACCACAGUACCCUGCAAGCAGUUCUUCGGCAUAUGCCUACCGAAGGCAUAUGGCAUUCCACUCUACUACUCAAUAUAUGUUCACUAAAAGACGAGAUGUGAGCUAGUUCUUAUCCAUGACAUAUAUAAUUCUGACUUUAAAAGCAGUCUGUGGGGAGGGGCUGGAGCGAUAGCACAGCGGGUAGGGCGUUUGCCUUGCACGCGGCCGACCUGGGUUCUAAUCCCAGCAUCUCAUAUGGUCCCCUGAGCAUCCCAUAUGGUCCCCUGAGCACCGCCAGGAAUAAUUCCUGAGUGAAGAGCCAGGAGUAACGCCUGUGCAUCGCCGGGUGUGACCCAAAAGCCAAAAAAAAAAAAAAAUGCAGUCUGUGGGGAACUGGAGCAAUGGCACAGGGGAUAGGGCGUUUGCCUUGCACGACCCAGGUCCAAUUCCCAGCACCCCAUAUGGUCCCCUGAGCACCGCCAGGGGUAAUUCCUGAGUGCAGAGCCAGGAGUAGCCCCUAUGCAUCGCCAGGUGUGGCCCAAAAAGCAAAAAAUAAAUAAAAAAUUAUUAAUUUUUUUUAAUUAAAAAAAAAAGCAGUCUGUGGUACUGUGUGCAGAGUCAAUGCUAAACUGCUUUGCUGAGUAAACCAAAGCUGAAGAUAAAGGCUCCUUCCUCUCCAGGGACAUUAGUGUUCCUGACUGUAAGAAUGUAAGCAUGUGUCUAAUUCAUUUCCCGCAUGCUUAAUAUCCCAUUUUCCUGAAAUAUUUCUAAGCCAACUGAUAGAUAAAAAAACUAUACAUCUUCCAAAAUGUAACCCUAAGUUAAAAUGAUGCUUCUUUUGUGAAGUAUUCCCCAGUAAAAAAUAUAGGCACUCUUCCAACUGUCCAGUUUCACACUGCAUGUCCUUUGUUUUAGCAAUGCCAUAGUUAAAUCCUUUGACACCCAUCCUUCCCUAGUUAAUGAACUCCUUGAGUUGUUUGCUCUAAUUCGUUCUUAAACCACUGAGGAGAGGAUGUAGAACUGUAUAGACAUUCAUAAAUGUCUAUUAGCUGGAUCAAUGUAUGGUGCUAAGUUCUUCAAACCGCUCUUCAUUUUGGGCAUAACUCCUCCCUUCCUUGGUUUCCUCCUACUUCAUCUGAAAAGAACUUCCUGUGAAGCUGAUUGCCCAUUGUUUGCUGCUGUGUAGUUACUGUACCUUUAAUAGGGCUUUCCUCCUGAUGCCCUGAAAUGCACUCCCUUAUUGUAGCUCUCCUCAGACUCUGGGUUGUCAACUUGGGAGUUAAAUUGAGAUGCCCUAAUAGGAAUGGUGAGUAUGUUUCUAGUUUGAGGAAAGGAAGUUAAACUUUACUGACAUCAUUACAUUUUUGUUCCACAAGGUAUCUUUUUCUCUCUAAAGUGUUUUCAACUUUUAAAAAUUAAAUAUUGUAUAUUUCACACACAAAGGUAUGUCAAAACUGAUGCUCUGGAAGGACAAUUAGAAACCCUGACAGAUUGCUGAGUCGUUUGAUGUAGCAAGCACAAUGUUAAAAGUCUACUGCCAACAGGUUCGAAAUGAAAAUACAAGUUGUACCUAGGAAUGUCACUGAAAAACAAUGCCAUUGUCCUGUCUUAGUUUCUUCUGCUUAUCUUAAAGUGGUCUCAGACCACGAGAUAGCACAAAGGAUGGAGUGUGCGCCUGUUUGGACGAUCAUGCACCACUGGGAAGCCCCUCUAAAGAAAUGGGAAAAAAUCGGUCUCAGAAAAUCUGAUAAUUAUCGUUUUCCUCUAUCCCAGAAGGAAUAAAAGAAAGGAAAAAUAAUUCAUUUCAAUGUGUGCUGAUUUUGAAAUGCCUGGGAGCAUCUGGAAUUUGGGAGAGUUCUUUGCUGGGAGAACAGAUUUGGGAGUUGUCAGUAAUUAAAGCUAAGGAAAUGGAUGGGGUGACUCAGUGUAUAUACAGAUGGAAAGGAGGCUGAGGUCAUACAUUAAGGGGCAGAUAGGAUACAGAAUCCAUGAAGGGGAGAUUGAGAAAGUGUCUUUAACAGAGAAAAGGACCUGCAAAACCCAUCACAGUAUCUAGUAUAGUGUCUUCCUUGUGCAGAGAAGGUACUCAAAAAUAAUGUAUCAUAUUGUUUCAGCAAGUAUAUUUCCUCUCCAUCAAAGGACUGUGCUAGUAUAGGAAUACAAGGAUGACUGCUCAAGAACCCAAAAGGCAAGCAUUGGAGGGACAGAUCAUAAAUGAGUGUGACAUAGUGGUGCACAAGAUAUAUUGUGCACUGUGAAAGAUGGCAAAUGAGGUGCUUGUCAGAGAAACAGUACUAGGGUUGAAUCUUGAUAAGUAAGUGGAUAUUCAUCAAACAGAGGGGACAGAAGUAAGCUGGGAGGACAUUCCAGCCAGCAAGAUCUGCAGGUAUAAAUGCACUGAAUUAUAAACAGUUUGAAGUGCUUGAGAAAUUCCAGGGAAAUAAUUUGGUACAGCUGGAAUUUUGUAUUUGAGGAAGAAGUAGAGGAAAUGAAGCAGGAAAGCCAGGCAAGAUCAGGUUACAAAAGACCCCUCAAGACAUGAUAAAGUGCUUGGAUUUUAUCCUGAAGACUAGGGAAGUCACUGGAGGAUUUUUAAGUGGAGAGAAAGGGAUCAGAUUUGCUUUUCAGAAAGAUCAUUCUUGCACCAGACUGGAAGAUGGGUUAAAGGGGCAAAACUAGGAGCAAAGAAAGCAAAUAGGAAGCUACUUAAGGGAUCCACGGGGAGCUGAUAAAAGGAAGUCUUCACUAGAUGAGGCCUGUGGUGUGGGAAUGGAAAGCAGCUGACAGAUCAGACAUCUAUAGAAGAUAUAGAAUUGAACUACAAGUUAUUGUAUAAGGUGAAAGAAGUUAAGAGUUGAGAAUGGUACCUUCAGUUGUCAGGUGGAAUAAUUCACUCACAAAGAAUGUGGACAGCAGGAGAGAAGCAGAUCUGAGAUAACUUUAAAGAACUUUGUGGUAGACAUAUUUAUAUCCUAUGAGUAGUUCUACAUCUCAGAUGCUAUAUGUCAGCUAGCAACACAGAUGUAAAAUCACACAAAUGGAAUUGAAGCAAUUGGAUUAAUAUUUUCAAGAACUCCCCCCAACUGAAAAUAGUAUAUAAAAUAAAAGAAAAGGUAGUCCUAAAUAGCACUGUCAUCCCAUUGUUCAUCGAUUUGCUAGAGUGGGCACCAGUAGCGUCUCCAUUAUGAGACUUGUUACUGUUUUUAGCAUAUCGAAUAUGCCACGGGUAGCUUGCCAGGCUCUGCUGUGCAGGUGGGAUACUCUUGGUAGCUUGCUGGGCUCUCCGAGAGGGACAGAGGAAUCGAACCCGGGUCAGCCGCUUGCAGGGCAAAUGCCCUACCCCUUGUGCUAUCGCUCCAGUCCUAAGAUAAAUAGACAUGUUAGUAAUAAAAAAAAAAAAAACAGGAAAAGUUCUCUGGAGAGGGAGAGAAAUAAGACUAAAAUUAAGACAACGAUGUCUCAAGAUGUAAGGGAAGGCAGUGUCAGUAUCUACUCAUGUCUCCCUCAGUAGAUUGUGACUCUGUGAGCAGACGCUAAAUGACUCCUCUAUUUUCAGGACCUAAUGCUGGGCUUAGGGUGUAGAGACCAGUUUAAUGAGUAUCUUUGCCCAUUGGGUUUGAAAGUUGAGGUAUUCACUGUUCACCUCUGACAGAGCAAUCUUAUGCAAUGCAAAACCUGGGCCAGAGAGAUAGUACAGUGGCUAAAGUGAUUAACUUGCAUGCUGCCAAGCCCACUUUGACACCCAAAACUACAUAAAGACAACUUGAGUUUGGCCACAAUGAAGAGAAGAUACCAAUGGUAUAGGAGCAACUUGAGAGGAAAGGAAAGUUAGAAAGCAAAUAUUUUCUUUCUGAAUUUUUAUGUACCUCCUAAACGAUUUGUCAUUACCCUAAUAUCUAAUGUUAUGGUAUUAGGAGGAGGAGCUUUGGGCUGAGCAUGAGGGUGGAAGCCUCAUGAGUGGGAUUGUAUUCUUGUGAAAGAGACUCCCACAGAGAUCUCUUGACCCUUCCAUCUUAUAACAACGUGUCAGGAAGGUAGCAGCUAUGAACCAGGAAGAUGAUCUUCACCAGAACUGGACACCAUACUGACUCUCUAACCUGGCACUUCUCGGUCUGCUGAACUAUGAGAAAUAAAUAUCUACUAUUAUAGAGUAACCCAGUCCAUGGUGUUUUGUUACAGCAGCUCAAUCAGGCAAAGAAAUGAGUGCUUUGGGGUCAGAGUGAUAGUACG